AUGAUUCGAUUUCAAUUCCUCAUUCUGUUGGUGUUUUGUACCAUAGCACUUCUGGGCCCUUCAAUCGUUCAAUGCGCCCCUAUCGAAUCCGCUAUCAUAAUCGACGACGCCCCUGAUGGACGGCUGUCUCCGUUUGAGUGGAGCGAUGAGCUGUCUAAGCACAAUCAAACGAGUGACCUAUCUGCAAUGAGCACUGGACUUAGAAAACGAGGGUGGAUGAGCGCCUUGAGCGAGAUCACGUCAACUGCCAAAAAAAUUGGGAGCUCCGUUAUAGAAGGAGUUACUACAGCUAAUAACUACGUGCAGGCUGGCAAAGACCUUCUUAGCGACUUCUCAGCCCUAGCGUCAGACGCCAAAUCCACGGUAACAGGGGUCAAGAAUAUGGCGCAGGAGGCCAUCACCAAUAUCUCGAAGCUCCCUAUAAAUCUCAUCGCGUCUCUAAAGGACGAGACGAGAAGGCAACUCGAACAGACACUAGGAAGCUUGACCCAAGAGAUGACGAGCAAGCUUCCAGCAAUUGGAGGACUAGAAACCACCGUGGCGAGCGCUAUUGUACACUUGACGAAGACUGGUCUAGACAAGUUGGAGAAUAUAGCAAAUGCGCGAAUUGCUAAGCUCGACGCGGUUCGAAGUCAUGUCGCAGACAGCAUAAACGCGCUAUUCGAUGCGCCAGCCGAUCGCAUCAAUAAAUUCCUCACGGAGGUGGUGCAGGAAGAACUCGAGUUUUUGACCGCAAAAGCCGAUGAGUACUACGAAAAGAUCAACGAUCUAGCCAAUAUCAUUGGAGAAGCCAUUGAGGCCGUCAAAACUGUGGAGGAUGCAGCGAAUUACGAUUGGACCAAUGCCGACAUUGCAAUCGAGGGCAUGAUAUCCCUCGUCAUUGAAUACACCAAUGCACAAGACAGUGUUACUGCGGCCGAAGAGAAGAGUGGGCUCCCGAGGCAAACCAGGAUCUCGGUUCAUGUUUUUGUGCAGUUGAGCGACAAGAAACUCGGCUAUUUGGAGACCUACCUGAGGCUUCAUGCGAAUCUAAGGAAGAGGGCUGCAGAAUCCACCAUGGAUGAUGUCAGCACGAUAAAAAAGAUUUUGGAACAACAGGGUAUAGAUCCUGAAGGCGACUUGGAUGAUGAAUGUGAGGAUGAUUACGUCUUCAAUACCAGAGACUUGGAUGAUAGCGAAUGGUACGAUGACGACUAUGAUGAUGGCGAUUUGGAUGAUGGAGUCUGGGAUGAUGGCGACUUGGAUAGUAGAGACUUGGGUUUUGGAGACUACGAUGGUUAUGGCGAAGAGCGGAGUGAUUUUUAA